GUAGUGCGUUCACUCGCUAACGACAAGCUAAAUUUCUCACUGAACAAAAUAAACGGGUUAAAAACAACAUUCAUAAAAAAGUAAGUAGGUCUAUAAUAAAAGUCGAGGCGUUUAACCUCGAUUAUACUAAAAGUUCUGGUGAUGGAAAACAGCGGGGACAUAGUUAGAGUGAAGGAAGAAUCGAGCGAUAAUUGGUCAGAUGAAGACGACGAUAAAAAUUUCGAUUCUAGGGUGAAGGAAGAGUCGAGCGAUAGUUCGUCAGAUGAAGAAGACGACAAAAAUUUCCUUGCUGAGGUUUCUUGUAAAGCCGAAAGUUUCACGUUUUAUGAAUCAUCGUUACAGGAAAGAUUAAUUAAACAAUUUGUUCACGAUUUUGUAUGUGAGGAUGUUAAACCAGAUCUAAAAUCCUUAUUGGCAACCGAGCACCAAAGUUAUCAACCCGCUGUGAAGGUGGUAAACAAAAGUCAGACCAAUGAGAUCGAUGAAAUAGGAUUCAUUGAUUACGAGUGCAGAGAUAUUAAACCUGAACCAAAGUUUCUAUCAAGAGACUUCUGUAAAAUUGAAUACCAAAAUGAUCAACCCAUUGUGAAAAUAGAAAACCAAAACCAAAUCAAUGAAAUAAAGGAAAAAGUCUUCAUCAAUUUGGAGUGCGAAGAUGUUGAAGCUGAUCUGAACCCUUUAUCAACAAUUGAAUGCAAUAUGGAGAAUUCAAUUGAUCAAUCGGUUGAUUCAUCCAGAAUAGAAAACAAAAAUCAGUCUAAUUAUUUGAAUGAUAAAAUCGAGUGCGAAGAUGUUGAAGCUGAUCUGAACUCUUUAUCAACAAUUGUAUGCAAUAUUGAGAAUCCAAUUGAUGAAUCGGUUGAUUCAUCCAGAAUAGAAAACAAAAAUCAGGCUAAUUAUUCGAAUGAUAAAAAUCUGAUAAUAUUGAUAAAGAAACAUUUUGAUUAUGACAAUAACUGUCAAUUUCAAACAAAUUUCAAAAUGAAGAUUAAAACCCAUAAGGAUGCAAAAAUACUUGAAAAUGUUGAACCUGAUCCAAAGCCUUUAACGACAAUUGUCUGCAGUACUGAGAAUCCAAGUCAUCAAUCCAGUGAUUCAUCCAAAAUAGAAAACAAGAACCAGACUAAUUAUUUCAAUGAUAAAAAUUUGAUAAUUUUGAUAAAGAAACAAUUUGAUUACGACAAUAACUGUCAAUUUCAAGUAAAUUCUCAAAUGAAGAUUGAAGAACAUAACGAUGCAGAAAUACUAAGAAAAACAUCUGAAACCAAAUUAUCUAACAAGGGUAAAAAAAAGAGAAAGUCUUUUAAAAGAAAAUUCAGCCUUAUAAGAGCUGCACAAUUGGGCAAGAAACCAUAUGAAUGUUACAAGUGUCACAAGUUUUUUUCACAAAAAGGGUAUCUGAAAAGACACAUAAAUUUAGUAAAUGAUUGUACCCAACAUUUGGAUUGUCAAAUUUGUUUCAAAUCAUUUUCACUUAGAGGUGAUCUCAAUAGACACGUAAAUGCUGUACACUAUAGUAAAAAAUCCUACGAAUGUGACAUUUGUCACAAUUUCUUUGCGCAGCGGUACAACCUGAAAAAUCACAUAAUUGCUGUACAUAUGGGUAGAAGAUCCUUCGAGUGUGCGACUUGUCUCAAAUUAUUCAAACUAAAAACUACCCUCGCAAGUCAUAUAAAAGCAGUACAUAAUCGGAUCAAACCCUUCCAAUGUAACAUUUGUCACAGAUCAUUUGAAUACCAACGUGAUCUCGAAAAGCACACAAACACAGCACAUGAUCGUAGCAGACCCUACGAAUGUAACGAUUGUCACUGCACAUUUACUCGUCCAGAUCACCUCAGAACUCACAUAAGAGCAAUACAUAUUCGCAGCAAACCCUUCGAAUGUACCAUCUGUCACAAAGCAUUUGGAAACAAAGAUUACCUCAAAAUUCACGCGGCGGUACAUCGGGGCAAAUCGUUCAAAUGUGAUAUUUGUGGAAAAUCAUUCGCAUACAAAAGUAGCAUCAAAGAUCACAUGAACGAAGUACACAAUGACAUCAAACCCUAUGAGUGCGAGGUUUGUCACAAAUCCUUUGGAUACCAAUAUAAAUUCCGACGGCACGUGAAUACAGCGCAUCCGCAGUGACUUAUACCACAAAUUAUUUAAAA